ACAGCAGACAGAUCUUGAGCAAUAGAAUUGCUCGCUCAUAUCCUCGCAAUGGCCUCCAAUCUCUCAGAAGAUAUUCUCUGGUUCAUCAGCCGUGGUAACCAUGCUACCCUCGUAAAGCGCAAAACUGCUGGUGGCAUCCAGUUUUCACGCGACCCCCUGAAUCUGACCAACCUGCAUGCAAAGAAGUACGAAGGCUACGCCAAUGACCGCGCCAUCGGCAUCCAGCCCAACCCGGAUGGUGGCCUGACACUUCUUACCAAGAAGCCCAACAAGGCUAACAAGCCCGGUCUCGAGAUUAACGCCGCCUCGUAUGGGGCUGGCAAGUCCUCGCGCCGUACCUACAAGUCCAUCGUUAACAGCACUGCCAAGAAGGGGUACCGCGCCGAUUUGAGGACAGAGGCCGUUGCUCGCGCCAGUGCCAUUCGCCAGCUGCAGAGGAAGAAGAAGGAUGCUAAGCCCGCGAAGCUGCGGGGUGGGAAGGCGGCAAAGGCGGCGGCCUAGACGGUUGAUUGUGAAGUUGAAGGAUUGAAGGGAAACGGCAUAUACGGCGUUCUGUGAUGCCAGUAGCUCAUUACAUGUAUAUUUGCGUCAUGAGAGAUUUCAUGAUGGCAGCAUAUUGAAUGCAAAACAUGAAAGAGGCCGACAUAGCGCGUGCUACUCAUUCUGGUAUCAUACUUGCUCAAACUGUCUACGGAAUACAUAGGGGCAGAGACUACUUCAUUCCAAACCUUGAACUGAUCGUAGCAAAUUUCUCACUUGCCGUCGCUCUGGACGGACUCUGCGCCACACUUUGUCCCUGCAUGACCUUUUCGAUCAGGAUCGCACCAUUUUCCCUAUCCACUCGGCCAUACUUCUUAU